AUGGCUUUAGGGGCCCAUGGCUGGUCUGCCGCCCAGACACCCCGAAGUCCCCUGCACAGACCAGCCACCCCUUCCUCCGGCAUCUCAACGUCAGCCCGUCCUUCUGACCCCAGAUCUCACCCCCACACCCCGCUGCGCCCACUCAGGUCACCUCCAUCCUCCGCGGGGGCUCUGGGCAAGGCUCUGCCCUCUCUUCAACCUCACGUUCUGUCGGGAAAGCUGGCCUCUGCCUUCUGCGUACACCUCCGCCCUCUGCCUUCCCACUUCAUCAGCAGCCGUGUCACUGAUUCGGGAUUUUUCUUUCAGGUUUAUUUUUGA